GGAUUAGUCGGGGCUCAAAGAGACUCGGACACCCGGUGCAAAUCAAAAAAAAAAAAAACAUACAUGUAUGUAUCUAUCUAUUAGUAUUUCAUAGCAUCGGUCUCGCAAAAACCUAAAAUAAUUUUGUUGAAAAUCACUUGAUCAGUUCAGAGCUAGUCACAAAAAAUUGCAUACCCUGCCUUGACAAUCAGCUUCAACUUUAUCGCUCCAUCUUUUUCCUUUUUUCCAUCCAGUUGCUUGAUAAGGUAUACAAAUCCAUUAUCGAGUCGUUCGUGCUUGUAAGGAUAGAAUGGAGGUGCAGAAACCAGCCCCCGUUCUUCCUUAGCUGUCAUUACAGGCGCCGAUGGAAUAAUCAUGCGUACCUCAUCGUCAUUUAUGUUCUAGAUGUUCCACCUCCAAAAUUUAUGUUCCACGCCAGCAUCGGGUGUCCAGAGACACACUGGGGACGACUGACGAGUUGCAGUGUUUAGUUGUUAGUUGAGAUCAAGUUGAUGUGUCUAGAUGUGCACUCUCAAAGUUGGUCUGCUUAGUUGCCAGGUGUGGCCAUGUUUGAGUGUCUGUUUAUGUUUGGUGGCGGUGCUUUAUGCAGGAAGUUCAAACAAGAAGAAAGUCAUCAUCGGGGGUGUGGUUGGAGGUGUAGGACUUCUUAUGAUUGUAUUGGCAGUGUUCCUAUUGUAUCGACUAUCAAGAAAACCACAGGCAGCAGAAAGAGGUAAUAUACUGGGAGCAACAGAGCUGAGAGGUCCUGUGAACUACAGAUUCAAGGAUCUAAAAAUUUCUACAAAAGAUUUCAAUGAAAGUAAUAAACUCGGUGAAGGUGGUUUUGGUGAUGUAUACAAGGGCACUUUGAAAAAUGGACAUGUAGUUGCUGUUAAAAAGCUAGCAAUGGUAUCUAGCAGAGCAAAGGCAGAUUUUGAUACUGAAGUUAGGCUUAUCAGCAACGUCCAUCAUCGCAAUCUCAUCCGUCUUUUGGGAUGUUCUAACAAGGGAGCAGAGCUAGUACUUGUUUAUGAAUACAUGGCAAAUGGCAGCCUUGAAAGAUACUUAUAUGGUGAUAAACAAGGGAUGCUCAACUGGAAGCAACGAUAUGAUAUGAUCAUCGGAACAGCUCGUGGCCUUGCCUACUUGCAUGAGCAAUUCCACGUCUGCAUCAUCCAUAGAGAUAUAAAAUCCAGUAACAUUCUACUAGACGAUGAAUUCCAGCCAAAAAUUGCAGAUUUUGGGCUUGUAAGACUUUUACCUGGGGAUCAGAGUCAUGUCAGCACUAAGUUUGCUGGUACCUUGGGAUAUACUGCGCCAGAAUAUGCAAUUCAUGGACAUCUAACAGAGAAGGUUGACGUCUAUGGCUUUGGUGUUGUUGUUCUUGAAAUAAUCAGUGGACGGAGGAGCAAUCAUAUGCAAGAAACUGAAUAUCUCCUUGAACAGGCGUGGAAAUUUCACGAAGCUGGAAUGCAUGUAAAACUGGUGGAUGAAACUUUAGAUGUCAGUGAAUACAACGAACAAGAAGUGAAGAAAAUCAUAGAGAUUGCCUUAAUGUGUACACAAUCACCUUCAACUUUUGCAUGUCGUUGUCUUCUUCGCCGGAUAGUUGGCGCAGGAAGAGUAUAA